GACUUCAAACCCAUGUUAUGUCAUACAUGCUCUUAUCUAUGAAUGAAAUGAGUUUUAUCAGCAAUGUGACUUGAUCACGAGUCUAAUGUCACGUGAUCACACGAUACUUAUGCGGCAGCUCACACGGAACUUACUGCAACUGGGUGGAAAGAUGCAUGCGCUGUUACUUGUCUUACUGUUGGGAGCACUGGGAGUGCUGGGAGCACCAGCUGCGGAUGAGAUUAAGUCUCUCCCUGGACUUUCCAAACAGCCGAGCUUUAAACAGUAUUCAGGAUACCUGACCGUGGCAGAUAACAAACAUCUCCACUACUGGUUUGUGGAGUCGCAGAAGGACCCCGCGCGCAGCCCUGUGGUGUUGUGGCUGAAUGGAGGUCCAGGCUGCAGCUCCCUGGACGGCCUGCUCACUGAACACGGCCCUUUCCUGAUACAAGAUGAUGGUGCUACCCUACAGUACAACCCAUAUUCUUGGAAUAUGAUUGCGAACGUGCUAUACCUGGAGUCACCAGCAGGUGUCGGUUUUUCAUAUGCUGAUGACAAGAAGUAUGCAACCAAUGACUCUGAGGUGUCCAUGAACAACUACUUGGCCCUCAAGGAAUUUUUUAGGCUUUUUCCAGAGUACAGCAAGAAUGAGCUUUUUCUCACAGGCGAGAGCUAUGGAGGCAUUUACAUCCCUACACUGGCUGAGAGAGUUCUGGAGGACAGUAGCCUCAACCUGCAGGGCAUAGCGGUUGGAAAUGGCUUAUCCAGCUAUGAGCUGAAUGACAAUUCCCUUGUCUAUUUUGCAUAUUACCAUGGACUGCUUGGAGAGAGUUUAUGGGCAACUCUGCAGAAAUAUUGUUGCAAAAAUGGAACAUGUAAUUUUUACAACAAUCCUGAUGCAUCAUGCUCUGAUGCAGUAUCACAGACACAACAAAUUGUCUACAGUUCUGGACUUAAUAUUUAUAACCUGUAUGCUGAUUGUGCUGGUGGAGUACCUUACAGUACCAGGGUUGAAAAUGAUCGGCUUGUGACUUAUGAUCUGGGCAAUAACUUCAUUAACCAUAAGUGGACUCAUGCAUGGAACCGGAAACUGCGAACAGUGCGUUCUGUUAUCAAAUCAGUAAAACUUGAUCCUCCAUGCGUUAACUCCACUUCGUCUGCCAUGUACUUGAACAACCCCUAUGUCAAGUCGGCUCUCCACAUCUCUCCUAAUGCACUUGACUGGGAGAUCUGCAGUGCCGAGGUUAAUUUGAACUAUAACCGUCUCUACAUGGAUGUGAAGAAGCAGUACUUGAAGAUACUUGGAGCAAUGAAAUACCGUGUGCUGGUGUACAAUGGGGACACGGACAUGGCCUGCAAUUUCCUCGGUGAUGAAUGGUUUGUCGAGUCCCUUCAGCAGGAGGUCCAAGUGCAGCGCAGGGCGUGGCUUUACAACAAUGGUGAGACGCAGCAGAUUGGUGGCUUUGUUAAGGAAUUCUCAAAUCUGACCUUCCUUACUGUCAAGGGUUCCGGUCAUAUGGUCCCCACUGAUAAACCCAUAGCAGCUUAUGCCAUGUUCAGCCGUUUCAUCACAAAGCAGCCGUACUAACGCUCAUACGUGUUCUGAACUGUUGGAAUGGAAUUUGCACUGAAUCACUGUGGAACACUCCGUCUUGUAGAGCAAUCACUCAUUUUUUUUUUUUUUUUCACCUUCCCCUGCUAACUGUGGUUGAACGUAAACGGAUUGUGAACACUAGACUGCUGUGCUACCGUUUUGCCUCAACAGACUUGCAUAAUCCUGACAUGAGCUGUUUUAACUGUAGUAGCUGCUAAUUCUGGACUGACAAGUCUGGUUCUUAAUGUUCAACUGUUUAAACGAUUCUUUGUUUCUGAUCGGGUUUUGCAUUCAAAUUUUAAAUCAGGCAAAAGGCAUUAGUACUUAAAUGUCACAAGAAGAAAUGCAUGACCAAAAUGAAUAUAGUAACCAGUACUAGUUUUCUCCAGUUGCUCAGGGUUGCUUUAAUUUGCUUUAAAUUUCUAAAUGAAACUGUUUAUGUGCCUUUACAAUCACUUUUUUUUUUUUUCUCCAUCCUUCUUUGUCCUUGAUUUUUCUAUGAAAAUAAAUUGACAUUAUUUUAAUUAACAAAACA